GGAAUUGAGCUCGGGCGCCGAGGACCAGGCUAAGAUUAUCUAAUUCUUCUGCCAUCGACCAGGUGGAUCGAAGAAUUCUAUAAAAUGAUUUGGGCCACGACUAUGGGCCAGUGUUGGGUACACGGUCUGUUUGAGGUGCUUCAAGUUUACCCGUUCUCAUCAGUUUGUGUAAACGCUCUCACUCUCUCCCGACAAGCCGAGACUAGGUUUCUCCACUCGUGACUGGACGAACAUGGGGUCCACGUAUAUAUAUACAACCGUUACUGUAAAUUGCCCUAGCCCAGGAUGUCGUCUGGAUCUGAGCCUCGAAUGCCUUAUACGGCCCCUCAACAGGACAAGGAGGGCUCAGAGACAUUGGAAGGAUCCCAUUCCGCAAAGGACUCCGACCUCUUCUCACACCCGCACGAGUUUCCCGAAGGUGGUCUAGCUGCUUGGAUGACAAUUUUUGGAGCAUUUCUUGCACAGUUAUGCGGGAUUGGUUAUACCAUGUCAUUUGGUGUCUACCAAGACUUCUAUACUCAGCAUUACCUCGCAAACGAGACAUCGUCUGCCAUAUCAUGGAUCGGGAGCCUGAACACGUUUCUAGUCACUGCUGUGGGCCUUGUAUCAGGUCCGCUAUACGACCGAGGAUAUUUCUACCACCUCAUAAUCGCUGGAUCGCUCCUGCAGAGUUUCUCUCUCUUCAUGUUGUCUUUGUCAAAACCCGAUCAGUACUAUCAGAUAUUUCUUGCUCAAGGUCUAGGCAUGGGUAUCGCGUCGGGGCUCGUGUAUGUCCCGACCAUCACUAUUGUUUCGCAUUACUUCCAACAGAAACGCACACUAGCUAUGACAUUCGUCGCUUCGGGCUCAUCGCUGGGUGCUGUCAUCCAUCCGAUUAUGCUCAAUAACCUCCUGAAUGGUCGUCUUGGUUUUGGGAAUGGCGUCCGCGUAAGCGCAGGGUUUGUCAGUGUGCUCCUUUUGAUUGCAUGUCUAUGCAUGCGAACUCGUCUUGAUCCGCCGGUGACACCAGCGAACUAUAUUGUGGCAGCCAAAAAAUGUAUUGGCGAUGCACCAUUUAUUUGCAUGAUAGCAGGGGGCUUUUUUUUUCAGACCGGCUUCUACUACCCGUUGUUCUUCAUUCAACUCGACUCCAUUAAACACGGUCUCAGUGUGACCUUCUCGUUUUACUCUUUAGUGAUUUUGAAUGUGUCCAAUUGUGUGGCACGAGUCACGUCAGGUUUCAUCGCGGCGUUCACGGGAGUGCCAAACUUGGUCAUAGCUGCAACGAUUUCGGCCGGUGUGCUCAAUUUGGGCAUGAUUGGAUUGAGUAGCCUGGCAAGCGCCGUUGUACUUAGUAUGAUGUAUGGCUAUUUUGCAGGGCUAUACAUUGCAAUGAUGGCUCCGCUUGUGGCUACUUUAACGCCCGACCUCUCUGAGCUUGGCGCGCGGAUGGGCAUCUGUUUCUUCAUUAGCGGGUUCGGAGGCUUGAUCGGAACACCCAUAUCUGGCGCUCUGCUGACAUCGAAUUAUACCUGGUGGAUACCCGCUGUGUUCUCCGGGGCCGUUUCAGUGACUGGUGGUAUAAUGUAUGCGGUCAUGCGGUUUAUAUUUGUCAGAAGGCAGAUGAAAGAAAAGGCAUAAUGCUCAACUCGAGAUAAUAGAUAUUCUGAUCUAUGGUUUUUACAUGGAUGCUGGUGAGCUCUGACGGAUGAUGUUUGUACAAGCUCUACGGCCGCAUCUCGAUGAUCUGCCUUGUUCGAGGGGCGCAAAAUGGAAGUACUGUUACAGCUC